CGCGCUCCGUCACCGCACGCCGCGGCUGCGCCCCGUCUUCCUCUGGGCUCGCCAGCUCGACGGGACCGUGCAGGAAGUUCGUUGUGAAGACUACGAUCCCCGGAACCGUAUCCGGAUAGCUAGAACCCCGCUCGGUUGGAGAGUCAUCCCGCGGACCGAGAUAUUCAAUUCUAUUAGAGUUCCCCCGCCACCCCCCGCGACCUCCCGUCGCCGGAUUCGCAGAGAACGGCGGCGACGCAAGCGCCGCGGUCGCCUGCGACGACGAGCUCAUUCUUCGAGCACCCCGGCGGAAGUGCCCCCGCCGGCCCCCGCCGUCCCUUGCGCGAGUGCCGAGAACCACUGGUCAACCCCAGACAUAGAGACGCACAUUCCAUCUCACACGAUAGCGGUGCCGCGACCGUUACCGCCCGUCGCCGCGACGCCGCUCGACAACCUCCUGGCUGUCGCCGAGUUGGAGUUCAACCAGCAGCGAAACGAGGAGUCCCUUAUCCCGAUCAGUCCGUCAUCGUACGGGUUCCUGCCACCCGAGGAGUCCGCGCCCGACGAGAUGUCUUACGAUAUGGGCCAACAGAAGGUGACAGAUGAAAUAUUCUAUGAGCGUAAAGUCCCCUCCGAACGUAACGAUGAUUUUACGACAGACAUCUCCGAACACAAGGAUCUGUUCGAGACAAUCAGUGAAGCGCACUAUCUCCCGGAACUAGCCGGACCACACGACGAAGCGCUAUUAGAAUCUCUGGUGGAAAAAGGCUGUGAAGACAAUCAGAUUUUAGGGCAGGCGCUUGAUAAACUCGCACACCUAGUACACAGUUCCGGUGAUUAUCCGGAUCCAGAAAACGAUAAUAUGUAUUUGGGACAUGCACCAGUGUCUGAUAUAAUAGAAAGAUUGGAGCAAUCACUAGGAUCCCCCAGUCGCAGCAGUAUGACGGCUGCGCAAGGUUUGUUACAUUUGCACCAUAUAGGUGACCACCUUCAACAAUCGGAAGGCCCGCAGAUUGAUACCCAAGAUUAUAUCUCUGAUGAAGUUUUCGUAUCGCAAGGUACUACUCAAUGCACACUUGAGACUGAAACUGCUGGGAAUGAGAUACAAAAUGGUGAUGCAAUGAAGAACAUGCAAUACAAUGACAAAGGUGAAAAGGGGCUAGAAGAUAAUAUCAGUGUUAGUGACGUUAUGUUCCCAGACCAAGUACCAGAUUCAAACCACACAUACGAAACUAGCCACUCCCAUGACCAACAUCCUUUACCAGAUCAAAGUGAAAUUGCAUUGUCUAACGAUGGUGAUGAUGAUAUGUGUAUAAAUGAUACAUCUAAGUUUGAGAAGAGUGAGGCUGAAGCCAUGACAAAUGAUGAUAAAGACAUAAGUAUAGAAGAAACGGAAAUUGCGCUUUUUGAGGUAAAACAAGAAGAACUUGGUACUAAUGAAGAUAGUUCGCUUCCCACUGACCUAAGUAUACAGACUGUAGAGGAUUCUCCUAGUCCUGUAACAUUACCACAGGAUGAGGUAACGACCGGUUUAGAAGACAAUGCAUCAAAUAAAAGCGAUGAACAACCAAAGGAUUUAAGCGUACACAAGAGGCUGUCAACACCAAUGUCAUCUCCGAGGCGACUUGAGCUGCCCCGGGCGCCUUCUAGAGAGUCUGAUGCGAUGCAGUCGCCGCAGCCGAGCGGGAUCCCCGCUAUCCCUUCCUCACCAGAAAUAUUCACAAUGCCGCUCACGAAAAGUAAACAAACACUAUUUUUGGAGACGCUUCUGUCAUCACCUUCGCCAAAGAUGUACACAUCCGAAGUGACGAUAACAAAACAACAAUGUGAACCAUUGAAUCUAGGAAAACACAGAAAGUCGGCAAGUCCUACUGUCUCUAGUUGUUCUGAUGAAAUAAAGAAAGUGUGUAAAGGUUUCGGAGAGCCCCACGAGAAGAAGAUAAGACGGGAUUCAGUAGAUGAUUUAGCUAAGAUAAGUAAAGUUUUUAGUAAGUGUAACGAUGACAGUGUAUCAAAAAAGUUAGAGCGACAGCAUAGCAAGGCUAAUGAUGGAAAUGCACCGCUACAGCAGUUGAAUAUGUUAAAGUCGAGAUCCGACUUCACACUUCCUGAUCCUCUAUUAAUUCCGAAGGACAGGCUUGAGGCUAUAUUGGCAGCGCCUUGUCGCGAGAUACCUGCCCUGCUCAUACAGAGACCGGAACUUAGGCUCCCGGCGACGUUUGCUUUCCCGGCUAUCCUGCAAGAUCCGGAUAUACUCGUCAUAUCACUAACACAGCUAGAACAUAUAUUGAUGGAAAGAGAGUCCAAAUCGCUAGCAUCACCAAAAUUAAAAGAUAGUAAACAUUCGUCGUCAAAGAGUAGUUCCAACGUAGAGAAAGCGAACACUCCACAACCCGACCAGAUGAGCCAACCCAAGCCGAUACCAUCCAUCAACGCGCUCGCCGGGGAUAUUGACGCGGCCACGUCUGCCGCUUUGAACCAGAUGCUAUGGCUGCCGUACCUCAGCCAGCUCGAGGCGAUGGCGGCCUGCUCGCAGAACAUGGACUUCAUCAAAGCGUUGAACUCGUCAGGAUACAACCCUGCUAAUUACGCUGAUAUAUCUCAGAUGUUCAAUCCUGCCACUCGCUUCAUGGGGUCGGGAGGGUUCCCCAUGAUGCCAUCUAUGGAGUACGAUAAUCGCAUGCAGCUAGCGAUGUGGCAGGAGGCCAUGUCGCAUGCGAAUGCCUCUGGUACUCACAGAACUAAGACGGCGACUGUCGCAGAACAAUUGAAGGAGUUGUCGAAGUCUGGCGACGUUCAAAAUCCGCACGUGCACUCGACUAAGAACCAGCAAAGCAAAGUGCACUCGGCUGCUCGGACCAGCCCCAUCGCGCAGAGCUACGGCAGCCAGCGCGCCGCGGCGCACGCGCACUUCCUACAGGGCAUGUACCCCGGGGGAAGCGGCGGUGCAAGACCGGGCAUGCAGCUACCCGGGCUUCAGAUCCCGUACUUCAACCAACAAAUGAUGGGCAGUCAGCGGUCGCCGCGCAGUCAGCAGAAGAGGCCGAGCUCGCCGUACUACCCGAACAACAACUACCUGCAGUCAGUGAAGCAGUCUGAGGCUGGUCAGCAGCGCAGUGGCAGCGCCAGCUCGCAGGAGUCUCCACGUCCAAGGAUCAGCGUCAGGUCACUGCAGAACCUGCUGGAGCCGAGUGCGAGCGGCGGUGGCGCGGGGCGGCGAGGGUCGAGCGUCUCGCUGGCGGGGCGGCGGCGCGAGGAGCCCGAGGUCGGCAGCACCACGCCGCUGGGGGAGCCGCAGCUGCCGGCUGGUCUGCCCCCGGCCGCCGCGCCCGCCGCACACCCGCUGCCACCACACCACCCGCAUCACCCGCACGACCCCGCCUCCUUCCAUCUCUGGCAUCCACUAUUCGGCAAUCAAAAGAGCUACAACAGCCCGUGGAGUUGGACGACCGUGACGGCCACGGGCGACUGACCGCGAGCGCCGCGCGGGCCCCAGCCGCCGCCCGCGCAAUGACCGCGCCCCCUGGCGGCCGACACAGUGCUGCGUGACAGUUGACAGUGACACUUGACACAACCAGCAACAGACUAUCACGAAACAAUCCGUGGUCCUUUGUACCGUACCUACCUUCGUAUUGUAAGAAACAACCCGUCAAACUUAAUAGUGUCGAGUUGUGUGUCAUAUACCUAACAAUGUAGACGAAAGGCUAACAUUAUUUUUCUAUGUUCUAUAGUGAAUUGGAUUAUAUUAUUAUGAUAAUUGAUAUUGUAUUUAGUUCCCACUUUAGAUACCUACUGGGUUAGCGUCGGAACUAGGGAUGUGCCGACGGUGACAGUACAUCGAUCGCUUUACAAUUUAUGACCAUAUUCAACAAAAUGGGCUGAGUACAUUUUCACAGUCGGUGCAUCAUUAGGCAGACUCUAUUGAUGAGCGAAUUGUUCCGUCCGAACGCUGAACCACACAACACUCUGUGUUCACACAACCCUUGUAUACUCUAAGAGCUACCACGAUCAAGUUUCGAAUACCUAAUAAUAAUAAGAGUUUAGCAACAACUAUUAACCCAAUAAUAUACAGAAAUAACUUAUAUGGUGUGUGAUUAGCAGCGUGCUGUGUGAAGUAACAUACAGUUGUAAUCCAUUAUGGCGAUGGAACUUAGCGACGAACUAAUGUGCAUUUCAUUGUUAUUAUUUCAGUGUAAUUAAUAUACGCAUAAUACGUAUUGCCUAUGUGAAGCGGCCACGGGUCGCGUUCACAAACAAACAGUGCAAUCCUCCAUUUAUGUAUGUAUGGUAGUUAGACAAGUGAAGGUGCAUCACUAGAUCGACACGGGCAUCACAGUACGUGCAGUCACGGUCACGUGACGCGAGUAGCGACCGCGAGCGUGACACGCCGUGACACGUCACUAACCGUUAUGUAGUCUAUACAGAAUUGUUAGACAUAAUUGUUAGAUCAGUAGGCACACGUUUUACAAAUCUUGAUCUGUCAUAGUAAUAUGAUAUAACGGUUGUAACCAAGAUGUCGCUAUAUGUAUAAUUUGUAAAGACUUCAAUAUUUCAUACAGUUGAGUGUUGUGCAUCUUUUAGCUAAUAUUACCUAAUAUCGGGAUAGAAAACAAGUUAUCUACAAGUUUCGGACGCGAAGCGAACGUAAAUCGCAUCAACUUAACCGAAACAUUGAUAUUUUACUGUUCCUUUGCUUGUAUUGAAAAAAAAAAUGUUAAUUGUAAUUAUUUCUAUUGUUACAUUUUUUAAGUUGUAUUUUAUGGAAUGUAUCGUUACUGUAAAUAUGUUAUUAUUUCACAGUUCUCAUCGUACGAUCUCCGGCAAAUGCAUGAGUACUCGUAAGUUAGUGAGAGAGCGAGCGAACGUGCACGACCGACACUAUCAUAAUCAUUACGUGAGAUAGAGUCAAAAAACGAAUUAUGUUGUCUCAAUAUUUUUAAUAUAAAUUAAUAGACCUUUAUUAACUAACUAGAAAAAACCCACAACGGUAUGUAAAAUUACAUAAAGAAAGGCUUCAAAUACAUAAUAUUGUAGUAAUCUAAAAUACCAUAGAAGGAUGUCUGUAGACACGCUAUAUACAUAUCAUAUACACUGCUGUUUUUUCAAUUACCAUAAAAGAGAACUAGUUUAUCAGUUACCAUUACAGAACACAUGGGUAUCUGAGAAAAAAAACAUCAAAAAAUUGUUCAACGAAAAUAGCAAAACAUUGACAUAUUUUCAUUAACAAUUUAAUUCAUAAAUCACUAGGCAAAUGUAACUUCGCGUCUCCUGUCCCUUUCCUGGCCUCGCGAUUUGUUAGUGAUAAAUAUGUACAUAAUUUUAGGCAGGAUGUAACAGUUCUGUGACUGUCCAGUAUAAAAGAUAGUGCAUAUUUACGGUCUCUACAUUAUUCAACCUUUUAUUUUUCUUUUUGAUAAUUUAAAUCUAGCAGUGUAUAUAAUAGGACUUCAUUCAGUUUACAUGAUGACGGUACCGUUCGCCACCUCGCUCUCAACAUAGUAUCUAUAGUCCUGCUGUAUGUGUUAAAGCCACACGAAUACAGUAACAGACGUAGUGUAACGGUCGCACUAACACAAACAUGGGUCGUGUAAUGUUUAGCUGAGGAUAAUAUUUAUUUUGUUAUUUAAGUUAACUAAUUUUAUUGUUUACGUUAAUUUUCUUGUAAACUUUAUCUGUUUUAGAGAGUAAGUAUCAAUCACACGCGAGGGUGCAGGCGCGUGAUCGUCACUCCAUCACAACUUUGCACGCGUCAUUCGACCGUGACAUUACCCGCGCCUAUUGACCGCGACGUCAAAGUGACGAUAUCGACGCCCGUGCCCUUGCGCCUGACUGAAAAUCGCGACUCACUAUUCCGAAACGUUUCCUCGUGUUAUUUAUCGACUUGAAUAAAUCAAAUUACGCUUCUAAAGUGUACUAUAAUUAUAUAUAUACAUAAUAUUAUGUAAAUAUAGGAGACUACUUAUAUCUAUUAACUAUAUUAGUGAAUGUUGUAAUUUGUAUAUAAGUAAUGAAAAUUAAAUUUUAAAUACAUAGAUA